AUGGCGACGGCACCUGGUGCUUCGCUGCUCGGCCCCAUCCCUUUUAAACCUCAAAAGAGUUGUGUAAGGCAGCUUGAGGUAGAAGGAGCGGCGCUGCAACGCGAGGCGGCGCCAACACCUUUCGCGGACGUUGAAGUUGACUCAGGCUUGGUCUCCGGUGUGCCGGUGCAGCUUGCGGAGGAGAACGCCGACGCCGACCUUGUGUCCGCCCUGCCGAGCGCGCCGAGGCCCAACAAUGGCCUGCCGAACCUCCGUUUCUACGAGGGGUUCUGGCUGCCGGAGUGGCCUGUCCCGGCGGCCGUCGCCCUACAGCGCCGCUUCGAGCCCCGCCGGGACGACGUCAUCGUUGCCAGCUUCCCCAAGUGCGGAACCACGUGGGUCAACGCGCUGACGUUCGCCACCAUGGCGCGGCGCGCCUACCCCUCCGUCGGCGCUGGGCACCCGCUGCUACGCCUCAACCCGCACCAGUGCAUCCCUUUCUUGGAGGGCCUAUUCGUUAGCCGGCGCGGGGAGGCCAAGCUCGAGGCGCUACCUUCCCCGCGCGUCAUGAACACGCACAUGCCGCUGGCCAUGAUACCGCGAGCCGCCGCGCCCGGCGGGGGCGGGUGCAAGGUCGCGUACGUCUGCAGGCAGCCCAAGGACAUGGUGGUCUCGCGGUGGCACUUCCACCGGCGGCUGCAUCCCGAGCUGGCGUUCGCCGACGUCUUCGGGGCCGUGUGCAGCGGCGUGGUGGCGUACGGACCAGCGAAAACAUUGUGGGACCACAUGCUCGGCUACUGGAGCGACAGCACGGCGAGGCCUGACAGCAUGCUCUUCUUGCGGUACGAGGAGCUGCUGCGUGACCCCGCCGAGCAUGUCAGGGCGCUGGCGCGGUUCGUGGGGCUGCCUUUCUCCGGCGCCGAGGAGGAUGCCGGCGCCGUCCACGACAUCGUCAAGCUCUACAGCUCCGGCCGCCUCAAGAACCUGGAGGCCAACAAAACGGGCCACGUGAAUCCCAUCCUCCAGAUCCCGCGCGGCGCGCUAUUCAGGAAGGGCGCGGCCAGUGACUGGGCGCUAUCGAAUCACACGACGUCGGAGAUGGCGCAACACCUUGACGAGAUCAUCGCCAACAAGCUCCAUGCCUCAGGGCUCACCUUCCAUGAGUGA